UCCACUGCCUGUUAUCAAGUUCUUUUACCAAAACAUUCCAGCUUGCUUCUAACUAGCACAAGGAUGCUGUAGAUAAUCUGACUCUUUUGGAAGUCAGAAGUUGGAAAAGGCUUUUAGCUAUUAAAUGAUAGCGGGUUUUCUUAAUAAUAAAGCUGAGCCAAACAACUCACAGUCGGGCUGCCUGAAAAGGGUGGUCCGUCUGCCUGUCCGCUGGGGUUCUCUUUCAGAAGCCGAAGGAGAGUCGUUAAGACCUUAAUAGGCAUUAAUGGGUGAAGCAGUCCUUUGGAGCAGAGCGCCGGGCUCCUUCUGCAGAAUCUAUCCAGGUGGGGGAGAAGUCUCAGGCAGGCAGAACGCUCAGGCAGGCAGGAUCUCUAAGGCGGGAACCCCAAGAGCGGGCAGUCCCCCAAUAUUUAUACCCUUCCUAGACAAAGAGCAGAGUUACCACUGCCUAGGCACGAAGGCCACAGCCAAUCCCAGCCCGAUCCCAGCAUGGGCACUGCACGGGCACCCCUCAUGCUGGAAGGGCCCCUUGCUCCCCCCGCUUCAUGCCUGCAGGGCAGGGAACAGGUCUUUUCGUGCCUUUUCCUCUCCCAUUCAAACCACAGAGGGAGAGGAAUGUGGGGGUAUACAGGGCUACAGGAUAGUGGUAGUGCUUAAGAAAAGCAGGAUGCUGAGGAGCAUAGCUUAAAAUAUAUAAAGAACAGCUUCUUUGUGAAAAUAAACAUUUAUCUCAGUGUUACUUAAAGGUCAAAAAUAGUACUUUCCUGAAUCUCAUUUCAGUAAUCCUACAGAGAGUUUUAGUAUGUAGCUAGUUCAGCAGCAGAAUAAACUUUUCUUUAUAUAUAUAUAUAUGUAAAUACCUAUUACUGGUGAGCUUUGUUUUUUUUGGGGCCCUGAACCAGUUUUUGUGCUUUGGCAGUUUGGACAAGAGAUGGGAAUAAAUCUUGCUUUCAUGCAAGCACUUAAAAAUGCAUGCAUCAUUCAUGGCACUUGUAAGCCCCCAGGUUCAUGAAUGACAGACAGUCCAUUAGAAACUACUCAGUGAAAAAUAAAUGAAUAUAGCAGAGGCUGUCUCAGUGUUCAAGCCCUAAUGAUAGCCAGAAAAAUCCAUUCUCUUACGUUACUUGCCUAUUCUGCUGAUUCAGUCUAUUUCAUUUUUGACAGAAGAUGCCUUCAAAGAAUAUGGAAUCUCUAUGAAAUGUUAUUUCUGUGUUUCAGCACUGUUUAAAUUAACUGUGAGCGUGCAUUCAGCAGUGGUGCAGCAUUUGUCAAGCUACAGAGUCAACCACUGCGCCUUAAUACAGGUCUCCAUCGAACUGGCCAUUUUUGAGCCUUCAGUUAGCCAAACAGAAGCCACCGGUAGCCAUCUCCAGAAUUAAAGAUCUUGUGGAACAAGUUAAAAGUGAGGCCAGACACAAACUGUUACUGAUAGAGUCUGUGUGAUUGUGUUCUGAAAAGAAGGGCACACAAAGUAGCUGGAACAUACUCAAGGAAGAAGGAUUUGCCUCAAACCCCACACCAGAUAAGCACUUGUGGUUUUUUGGCUAAUAUCCUGAACUAAAGCUAUUUUAAAGGUUUCUUUCUAUGAGGCAUGAAAAAUGAAAAGUAAUAUGGUUAAAAAUGGAUCUUCAGAUAAUUGGUGCCCUUGAUUCUGUUUGAAUGAAGUCAUGCUGCUGUCAUUGGAAAUAUUGGAGGUUCAGCCUUGUGGAAGGAUUUAAAGGCAACACUUCAAUAAUAAUCGGAUUAGAAGGACUUGCAUAGCUCCAUGGUCUAAGAAACGAUAAAAGAAAGCAGAGUUCAGCCUCUCCCCAAAGCAGGGCAGUGAGCCGUGUGGUGCGGAAGCAGCGCCCUUCCGAAGCUGUGCUUUGGGCAGCCACCUAAAGCAGGGAUGCCUGCAGAUUUCAAUGGCUACUGGAAAAUGGUCAGCAAUGACAAUUUUGAGGAGUAUCUGAAAGCACUGGAUGUUAAUGUUGCCGUCAGAAAAAUAGCCAACCUGCUAAAACCUGACAAAGAAAUCCUUCAGAAUGGGGAUCAUAUGAUCAUUAAAACGCUAAGCACCUUUAGAAACUACAUCAUGGAAUUCGAUGUGGGAAAGGAGUUUGAGGAGGAUUUAGCUGGGGUGGAUGAUCGCAAGUGCAUGACCACUGUAUCAUGGGAUGGAGAUAAGCUUCUCUGUGUACAGAACGGAGAAAAAGAAGGUCGUGGCUGGACUCAGUGGAUCGAAGGAGAUGAAAUGCACCUGGAAAUAAGAGUGUGUGGAGUCAAGUGUAAGCAGGUCUUUAAGAAGGUCCAGUGAUCCUGCUGCUGCUGCAGAGCUGAAGAACAGUAGAAUCUGCACUUACCACCAAAUCUCCAAAUGCUAGCAGUGCCCAUCAUCAGUGACCAGAGCAAGCACAGGAAUGAAGAUCACAUUAGAACCCUCUCAGUAGAAUGAAUAAAAUACCUUUGACAAAUAACUUUAAAGAAAUAACUGCAAAUAAAACUGUUUUUAGAAAUGCCAAUUAAAGAUACUAAACCCUAUAAAA